UCCGCCGCCCGCAGCCCGAGCCGCACCCGCCGCGGACGGAGCCCAUGCGACGGGCGAGCCAAGUGCCCCGACCCCGGCCCCCGCCGCCGCCCCCGCCCCGGCCCCGGGGGCAGUCGUGCCAGUGAGCGGUGAGUGCGGCGGGGGCGGCAAGGGCCGGGCCGGGCGGGGGGCCUGCUGUCCUCGCAGGGCGCGCGGGGGCGCAGGUGGGACAGGUGACCUCUGCAGUGCCUCGUGCUGUGGUCCUUUGAGGAGAGAUGACGGAGUAUAAGCUCGUGGUGGUGGGCGCUGGAGGCGUAGGGAAGAGCGCCCUGACCAUCCAGCUCAUCCAGAACCACUUUGUGGACGAGUACGACCCCACCAUAGAGGACUCCUACCGGAAGCAAGUGGUCAUCGAUGGGGAGACCUGCCUGCUGGACAUCCUGGACACGGCGGGCCAGGAGGAGUACAGCGCCAUGCGGGACCAGUACAUGCGCACCGGGGAGGGCUUCCUUUGUGUGUUUGCCAUCAACAAUGCCAAGUCCUUCGAGGACAUCCACCAGUACAGGGAGCAGAUCAAACGGGUGAAGGACUCGGACGAUGUGCCCAUGGUGCUGGUGGGGAACAAGUGUGACCUGGCCGCGCGCACCGUGGAGUCUCGGCAGGCCCAGGACCUCGCCCGCAGCUACGGCAUCCCCUAUAUCGAGACGUCGGCCAAGACGCGCCAGCCGCUCUGGCUCUGGCUCCAGCUCCGGGACCCUCUGGGACCCUCCGGGACCCCCGUGACCCAGCAGCCCCUCUCGCUGGCGUGGAGGAUGCCUUCUACACGCUGGUGCGCGAGAUCCGGCAGCACAAGGCGCGCAAGCUGAGCCCGCCUGACGAGGGCGGCCCGGGCUGCCUGAGCUGCAGGUGCCUGCUCUCCUGACAGCAGCGUGGGUGCGGGGUGUGGAGGUGCCGGAUGAGACGCGGGCUAAGGAUGCAGGGAAGGGAGGAAGUGCCGCCAGAGCCUGGCCAGCCCAGGUCGGUGGACAGAGUGACCGCGGGCCUCCCGGGACGCUUUGCACAGACUGUCGUGAACUGACGCCGGCGGCCCCCAGUUGUCACUCUCCUCCAGCCCCGUCCUGGCCCAGUGGGCACAGGCUGAGUCGCAGUAAAUUAUUUCAUGUCUUGA